AUGCGGGAGGAGAGGCCACCUGGCAGUGACGUGCUGAAGAACCCCAGGACUGGCCAAAAAGUCUCCCGCCAAGUACAUUGGUGUGAGGAGCCCGCUGGAAGCUCCGACAGUGGAGAGGAACUAGUGACUCAGAGCGUGAACAAAGUAGCUGCGUCACGACUUACCCACUAUCGUCGAGCUAGGCCGCGGAAGGUGACUCGGAACGAUGUGCGGCGGGUGGAGGACAGCCCGGAAACUGGACGAGGCAGUUCCACCGCACGAUUGGAAACGGGCACCAGAAAGGUGAAGUGCCGCAAUGGAGAAGUGAUAGCCGCUGAUAUGGUUGGAGAUGUUGAAGUGGACCGGUUGUCGGGCGAGCAACCGAGAAUGCUGGAGAUGGAAGUGAAUGGGAAGAAGAUCCCAUUCGAGCUAGAUACCGGUGCAUCUCUUUCCAUUAUUGACGAGAAGACAUGGAAGAGUGGGAUGGUUCACAAGGUUAAACAAAUGCCCAAUAUAGAAAUCAAGAGAGAAAUUGUGCGUAUACUGGAUAACAACAAGAGGUUGUUCCAAGAUGAUUUGGGCAAGUGCUCGACUGCACGAGCAGAGUUGAAAUUCAAAAGUGAUGUAGUAGUGCCUAAGUUCUUCAGA